GUGGGAUUGAUUUAUUUGAACCUUGUGCUCAAACGUUUCAAACUUCUCAGAAUAUCAAACAAAGAAUGGCUUUAGUACUCAUUGUUGUUUUGUUGAUGGCGCUCAGCGCCACCGCCCAAUGGCAAUGCGGUGGGGCAACCUAUCCCCCCGGAUCCGUGAAUUUUACGACCGAAUGUAUGCAGGCAGCUCAAAACUGCAUCAGUCAAUUUGCUACAAACACAAGUCAAGAAUACUGCCAGGACGCGGCUGGAAACCUCUACAUGCAACAAGAACCGUUCAAUGGAAAGAACAGCGAUUACACGACUGCUUUUCAGGACAUUCUUGACUUCUGUCUCCUCGAUGGCUGGACCACUGGAACCUGGGCAACAGAUGAUGGCCAAUGGUUCUGGAUGGCUGCGGAGUCGGGUUGCUACUCAUCAACUGGGGCUAUACCGACAAAAGGACCUGGUUUCUGCGUUCAAGUCCGCACCGAUACCAUUAUCAAUGGAUGUUAUCCACAGCCAAGUGCCAAUUCAGGGCAUUUACAGAUUUUAAAAACCGGACCGACUGCCAACCGCUUCACUGGUCCCGCGAGAGGAUGGAAUUCUUGGGGUAUCCAAGCUACUCCUGCGACAACUCCCAGCUGGCAAAUCUUCAACCAGAGUAAUGUGAUCAAGCAAUGCACCGUUCUGGCUCGACCUGAAUUCCAGCAAAUGGGUUAUGAUCUAUGCAGCCUGGAUGCCGGUUGGUCUACGAACGAUGUUGAUGAAUAUGGAAGAAUUCAGUACAACACUGCCUUGUUCGAUUUGGUGGAACUUGGAAAAUACCUCCACAGCAUUGGCCUCAAGAUGGGUGUCUACGUCAUCCCGGGUGUUCCCUGCAGUGCCGCCAAUAAAACAAUCAAAGGCACAGACAUCCGAAUUGACGAUGUUCUGAUUGGAAACAACGAUGGUCUGGCCUUUUGUGACUGGGACUUCUCGAAGGAUGGUGUUCAACAAUGGCACAACUCUUUGAUUGAAUUAUGGGCUUCGUGGGGUGUGGACAUGAUUAAGCUUGACUUUGUCACUCCUGGCAGCCCUUAUAACGGAGCAAACCUGAUUUGCAACAACAGCGCAGCUGUAGAAGCCUAUCAUAACGCAAUAGAGCAGUCUGGGCGUCAAAUUCGAUUGGAUCUAUCUUGGAAGCUUUGCCGCAACGAAACUUACCUUCCCCUCUGGAGUCGAUUUGCCGAGUCAAUGAGGACUGACCAGGAUAUCGAUAACUAUGGACAAGAUACCUUUGUCGCUUGGCAAGAAGUUCAACGUGCGAUUGACAACUACCGGCAAUACAUCUCAUUGCAGAAACAACGGAACGUGGCAAUUACAAUGUAUCCUGACAUGGACAAUCUUUUCGUUGGAAACUCAGCGAAUGUUACUGGGGUCAGCGACACUCAAAGAAUCACCGUCAUGAACCACUGGCUUGGAGCUGCCGCCAAUCUGAUUAUCGGCUCCGAUCUUACACAGCUCGAUGCUUUAGGAUUGCAGUUGCUGACAAGUUCGCAAUCGGCUGCUGUUGCCAGCUUCUCUGCUCAAUACCCCAUGCAACCUCGAAAUCCUGGAAGUGGCAACAAUCUAGCCCAACAGCUGCAGGCUUGGAUUGCCGGCCCUAGCGAGGCGAAUGAAGCCUAUGUCAUUUUGGCUAAUUACGGGCCAGACGAGGGCGCUGGUGGAUUCGGUACAUCUUUGACUGGAGUUCAAGCGGUGACGGUCUCGUUGAGUGACUUGGGAAUUUCGGGUCGGAAUUGGAAAUUUACUGACGCCUGGAACGGGAACUCGACAGUGGUCUCAGGGACAUUCACGGCUUAUCUCCACGAAUACGGCUCUCAACUAUUGCACCUUGGCGCAUAG